AUGAACCGCCUUGUCCGGAGGAUUGGCUAUGUCAGAAGAAUAGCCCAGUGGAUGCUGAAGAAGCCAUUACCUCAGGGAGCCAAAUCCUGGCGGGGAGAACUUUCCCCUGAAGAAAUUCAAGAGGCUGAAGACUGCUUAGUGAGACAGACUCAAAAGGAGAGCUUUCCAGAGGAGAUUAAAGACCUUGCAUCUGGGGAGAAGAGAGUCAAAAAGUCAAGUCAUUUAGCACUACUCACCCCUUUCCUCGACAAGAAGAGACAACUGCUCCGUCUUCAAUCACGUUUGGAAAGGGUUGAUUGCUUGAAAGACAGCGCUAAGUUUCCUGUGAUAUUACCAAGAAGAGGAGAUGUAACCAAACUGGUUGUACAGAGAGAGCAUGACAAAGUUGGUCAUCCAGUGGGAAGGGAAGCCACAAUCCACCAAAUAAGGCAAAGAUAUUGGAUCCUGAAGACCAGAGAAGCUGUGAGAGAAUGGGAAAGAAAAUGCUCCAACUGUAUCCUGCGAAGGGCAAAACCUGCUCAGCAGAUGAUGGCACCAAUCCCAAGAUUUAGGUUCAGUCAACCUUUGAGAGCAUUUUCAAAGUGCGGCAUCGACUUUGCCGGGCCUUUCUUCACUAGACAAGGCGGAGGAAAAACCCAAGCCAAGAGAUACCUCGCAGUCUACACCUGUCUACAAGUGAGAGCGGUCCAUCUUGAGCCCGUAUAUUCCAUGGACACGGAUGGGUUCCUUAUGUCUUUUUCCAGAAUGACGAGUAGAAGAGGAGUGCCCGAGGAUGUCCUCACCGACAAUGGGUCCAAUUUUGUAGCAGCAGAGAGAGAGCUGAGGGAAUUGGUGGCAGCCAUAGACUGA